UUGUACUGUGUAACUUAAUAGGGGUGGGUAGUUAAUAAUUGGCAUGCGAAAUCAGAAACAGAAAAGGUGAGGCAACUGUAACUUCCUGAGUCAAGACUAACAGGAGGAUAAGAAGGAGCUUGGGAGAAGAAGGCAAUCGGUCACUUAGAGAGACACAGAAGAAGGACUAGACGAGAGAAGAGGUAGACAGGUCAAACAGUAAGAAGCAUGGAUUAUAGGGCUGCCCUGGAGGUUUAUAAGGAGCUGUUGCUGGUGUAUCUCAUGCAGGGCCGGCGGCUUGUGAACGCACAGUGCGAAGGGCUGGAACCUUGGCAGAUCAUCACAGGGGCCGUGGCAGCGACUCUGCUGGCAUUGUGGCUACGAGGCUUCCUCUUCCAACAAGAGAACUUGAUAUCCAGAAUUAAGAAGAUGAUGUUUAAGUUAAUAAGAAGAAUUCCUUUUGUAGGAGCUUCAAUCCAGGUGCAGCUGAACAAGGCUCUGGGUGACAUGGCAUCAAGUCUGUGCACCCUGAAGGAUGGGAUGAGGUAUGUGAAGAUGCUACCAGCUCAGGGGCUCUCACAGACAGAGGUGCUGGAUAAGCUGCACGAGUACCGCUCCCUGGCGGAGGUCCAGUGGGAGCAUGGCAAGGUGUCUGGGACUGUGUACAGUGGAGAUGAGAAGCUCACCAAUCUUCUGGUGAAGGUCUAUGGAGACUUUGCCUGGAGUAACCCCCUGCACCCCGAUAUCUUCCCAGGGGUACGGAAGAUGGAGGCGGAGGUGGUGCGGAUGGCAUGCACGCUGUUUCACGGGGGACCCUCUUCCUGUGGCACGGUCACCUCCGGCGGCACUGAAAGUAUCCUGAUGGCCUGUAAAGCGUACAGAGACAUGGCGUUGGAGCGUGGAGUCAAGCACCCUGAAAUUGUUGCUCCAGUCAGUGCUCAUGCAGCCUUUGACAAAGCAGCACAUUACUUUGGGAUGAAGAUUGUUCACGUUCCCCUGGACCCACACACCAUGCAGGUGGAUGUGAAGGCGAUGAGGCGAGCCAUUUCCAAGAACACGGCCAUGCUGGUCUGCUCCACUCCUCAAUUUCCACACGGAAUUAUUGACCCAGUACAGGAAAUAGGAAAGCUGGCUGUGAGCUCCAGCCUCCCUCUCCACGUAGAUGCCUGUCUGGGCGGCUUCCUCAUCGUCUUCAUGGACAAGGCCAACUUCCCCUUGGCUCCCUUCGACUUUCGAGUCAAGGGGGUGACCAGCAUCUCUGCAGACACACACAAGUAUGGCUAUGCCCCGAAGGGCUCCUCUGUCGUCCUGUACAGUGACUCCAGGUACCGGCAGUACCAGUACUUCGUGGCCCCAGACUGGCAGGGCGGUAUCUACGCGUCCCCCAGCAUUGCGGGCUCCCGGCCAGGGGGGAUCAUUGCUGCCUGCUGGGCCACCAUGAUGCACUUCGGGGAGAACGGCUACAUCGAGGCCACCAGGAAGAUUGUUAAGACCACACGCUUCAUCGACUCGGAGCUGCGGAACAUCGGUGGCUUGUUUGUCUUCGGGAGGCCUGAGGUCUCGGUGGUGGCUGUGGGCUCCAGGGACUUUGAUAUCUUCAGAUUAUCCAACUCAAUGACCGCCAAGGGCUGGAACCUGAACACUCUGCAGUUUCCUUCCAGUAUUCAUAUCUGCGUGACGUUGCUGCACACGAAGCCUGGCGUGGCGGAGCAAUUUAUCAGGGACAUGAAGGACUCGGUGGCAGUCCUGAUGAAGAGCCCUAAAGACAAGACCACCGGCAUGGGCGCUAUCUAUGGCAUGGCUCAGUCCAUUCCUGACCGCUCCAUGGUGACUGAGAUCUCUCGAGGCUUCCUGGACUGCCUCUACAGCACCGACGCUCCCAGCUCUGACAAGCUGUGAGCACGGUCAGGGGAUCCUCGCAGGGCACACAGGUACCCCUGCCAGGGCUCCGUCCUCCGCAAUCUCACUGCUGUCCGUUUCACUGUGGUUCCUAAAGUACAUUUUCACACGGUUAUACAUAAUUCCACAUUCUGUUAUUUCUGUGUUGUCUCAAGUUGUUGUAUCCUUAACAAAAAGUCAUUUCUAAACAGAUUUUCCACUUUUUAUUUUUAUUAGUGUCUGUUGUGAUUUUAGGUUUUAAUUUUGUACCAUGAGGUUGAACAUGGUUUCUUAGGCCCAGCUUGCCGUUCCUUUUCCUUUCCAUUCCUUGCCAUGUCUCAUUAGGGUUCCUGCUCCAUAUGAACACGCUCCACCUUCCUUUUUGUGGAGCCCACUAUUCAGUGCACUCUCAAACUCUGCUCAUGGGAGCUUCACAGUGACCUGAAAUGUAAAAGGUAAAAGCACAUCUGUGGAAAUCUACCUACAACAUUUAUCGAAGGCCCUUUAUUUAUUUAUUUUUUUUUACUUUGUUUUUAAAUGUUUACAUUUCCCAGUGGAGUUGUACAACACAGAGUUCAAACACAUUUCUUAGUUAGCCCUAUAUUGCUCUGCCUUAUGUCUGACUAAUGUUUGUUAUCAAAAGACCUUGAUAUCGGUUUAAAAUAUUUUGAAAGCAUUUUCUUUGGGUUACAACUGAACGCUACCUGAAAUUCACCCGGGACAUUCCCACCCAGGCGGUUAUGUGCAGUACAAUGAGGAGGGAGCUUGUGUGUAAUUGCAGGGAGAAUACGGACCCCUGUGGUCGUUGUGAAUAAAGGAAGUUGCAAUGCCACUUUGCCUCGCAAGUGUAAUAGCCAGGGCUUUGAAACCCUGCCCUCGUCUGCCCGGUAACAGAGCGGCAUUCUCUCAAGUCCGGUAUCACGCUGCUGUUGAUCAUCUUUAUUUAUUAAAUGUAACCUUUUGUUUUUGAAAAGUAGUUUUUAUACAUAAAUUAAAUGCAUUAGUUCAUUAUAUUAUACAAGAAUGAUUAAUAUAAUCCAUUUUGUCACUUUGUAUUUCAGUGUAUAUAAUACAGCUGCUGCCUUACAGUAAUGCAAGGCCAGAUCUUUGACUAAAUCAUUUGGCCACUCCCUUAUUCCUGUUGAUACAAGUUAAAACAAUAUGUAUCUACUCCUGGGAGUUUAACAUGUAUUUUUGUAUGGCUAAAUCACUGUAUUGGAUGAUCUUUGGUAUUUAUAUAUUUCACUGCUUAUGUUGUAAAAAGAUCAGGUUUGUCACUGCUGCCCUGUCCUAUUGUUUCUAAAAGUAUCACUUCUAUCAGGUGACUCCACAAUUCUGCAGGAGAGGCAGGUUUUUAUUCUAGCCAGUAGCACAAAAUAAUUUUCCACAAAAUCUUUUCUACAAUUAUCUCACUUUACAAACUUUAUUUCACUUACAGGAAUAUUGGGUUCACCUGAAACUUAAGGCAUCAGGUGGGGUGCUAUUAAAUGUAACACAGGAAGGAAGUGAAGUACCAUCAAAUCUAUAUUCUAAGUCAGAGGUCUCCAACAUUGGUCCUGGAGAGCUACAACGGUCUGCUGGUUUUUGUUUCAGCCGAGUGCUCUGUGACUUAAUUGCUCUAAUUAUUGGCUUAAUUAGUCAAUAUUAACAGGUGUUCCAGAUCUUUAGCCACUGAUGAUGUAAAAGACACCUAGAAAACCUGCAGGAUAGUCAGCUCUCCAUGGCUAGGGUUGGGGAGCUCUGUUCUAAAUGAUCUAUGAGAAAGCAACCAGUCACUGUUAAGGAUUUGUCAAACUUCCAGUGAAUCUUCUCAUGUUACCUGUGGUGUCAUCCUAUGCAUAGAACAAACAUCAUGCAGUUACAAAGUUGAAGUAGCUCCUGAUUCAUUUUAGUAAUCCCGCACAGAAGUGUGUGUGUGCCACAGCUAUGACAUCACAAGGCCCACUGAAAUGCAUAGGACAGUCCUUGCCAUGGUACACUUGUUUCACUUCUGUAGGAUGUCGCUAAUUAGAAUAGAAAUAAAUCUGCAGUCUGGAUAUCAAAGAUCAACAGCAAGACGAGAAGGGACAUGUCAGAAUGUCGUUCUUCUAGUGAGCGGGAAGAACAUGUUUUAUUUCUUUUAAUCGUUCAUAACUUGCUUAGGUGACCUAUGGGAAUGUUGCACAAUCAAUGCAAACUACAGUCGGAAGAGAACACUUCAGAUAAUGGAAUGAACCACUUCAAAUAAUCCAAGUAUUUUGUUGCCUGCCCAGAUACUUGCAAAGGUUUUCUACCACUUUGUUCUCAAUGUUUUUAUGGUUAGAAUGAUUGUGUCUUAAUGUAAAGAGACCAGUGAUUCUGGGAGUGUGGAGAGUAGCAUGAAAUUGUGAGAUUAAUUGCCACAUCUGUGGUCUUCUGAAAUAGCUUGAAAUAGGAGCUCUACAAAUAAGUGAACCUGCAGAGGAGUAGAGCACUAUAAUAAUGAGUUAUCUGUAUCUGUAAGUAGCUGUUUAAAUGGUUCCAUUGGGAUAUAGGACCAUUCCUCAAUGAUUACAUCAUCUAAAUCCUGGCACACGUACAGAACUGGCAAUCCUGUUCAACGUGUGUCUGUGGGUGUGUAGGGUACGUGCCAUACUUGUAUGCAAGCUGCAUCUCCCAGGUGCAAAUCGGUUUGUCAGGGAUUCCAUUUUCAUAUUGAAAGAGACUCCUUCUGAGGGACAAAUCAUCUGUGCUACAUUUCAAACUUUUCGUCCAGCACCGGUAUUUGUGUUCUCUGGACUUGUCAAUUUCAAUUGUAGUUCAGUCUCAGUCUAGCUUGCUGUGCGAGUUGUCCAUCCAAUAUCAACAGCAGCGCCACAAAAC